GAAAUUGUGGAAUACGUAUUAAGCCUUUGAUUUUUAUGGUAACCUAAUCUCUGAUUAUAUAUCAGUGACUAAAAAAAAGAAUAUUUGAUACGCAGAACCGACAGUCUGUCACGAGCCUCCACCAUGGCUGUUCUCCUUCCAACCUUUCUCGUCUCUUUCUUUCUGGUCCAGCUUUUGUUGCAGGAAAGCACCGGUGCCCCGGGACAACCUCAGAAUAAUAUGACGUACGAGUACAGUAACAGCAGCGCGGCACCAGUUGCGACAGUUGUGAUGGGAGACAUGCUGGUAUCUCAGGACCUCUACAAUGUGAAAUUCAACUCUUCCUUCCCUUUCUCUCGUAAAGGCUUCGCCUUCCAAAGUUACCUGUGGCCUGAGGAAGGAGGGAUACCCGUCGUUCCCUACGUGUUCCAGGACACUCAGUACCAAAGUGAAAUUGAAACCGGGAUAAGACACUGGGAGAAACACACGUGUCUGAUCUUCCGUAAAAAGGAAGUGGUGGAUGCUAAUUGGCUGAGGUUCAUCAAUGGCAAUGGCUGCUGGGCGUUUAUAGGAAAGCAGCCAGAGUUGGGAAGCCAAGACGUCUCCAUUGACAACAACUGUCAAAAGCUUAGCAUCGUGGUUCACGAGAUCGGUCACGCCAUCGGUCUCUUCCACGAGCAGAUGAGGUCAGAUCGGGACGAGCAUGUGACUAUUAAUUGGCAGAAUAUUCACGAAGGCAUGAAAAUUAAUUUUGAGAAGGAAAAACAGUACGAAGACAACCGAGGCGUCCCGUACGAUUAUACCUCCAUCAUGCACUACAGUGGGAAAGCCUUCAAUAAGAACGACAGGACCACAAUAGCGACUAAGCUUCCGGAGUACCAGGGACUCUUGGGCCGCACUGAGGAACUGACGCACCGAGAUAAGCAUAUCGUCAACCUUAUGUACGGCUGCAUCGACAAGUGGCAAGCACAGUGCCCGUCAGCUGUGGUGUGUGAGGGUGAGGGUUACCUGGGGCGUGACUGCACCUGUGUGUGUCCACCUGGCCGGGAAGGUGACAGGUGUGAGUUGCAGAAGGCAGAAUAUUACGAUCAAUCUAUGCCGGCGUGCAGCAAGACCAUCACAACGGAAAUCAACUUUACCUCGCCAAAUUACCCUCACAAUAUGCCAGCAGGUACCUGGUGCGUGUACAAGGUGGAGGCGCCGGUGGGCAUGGUGCCAGAGGUCAUAUUCCACUCCUUCAGCUUCUUGAGUCCUUCCAUUUCCUCGUGCAUUGAUUUUUUGGAAGUGAGAGAUUCAAGUCCAUACGAGGGAGGAGUGUACUGCCGUCGUGAGAUCAAGAAAGGACAGAGUUUCGUAGGCAAUUCUACUAACUUAUAUCUGUAUAUGGAUAUUUCCUCCUCGGGGUCCCAGGGCUUCGAGGCAGAGGUGGUUUUUCACAAUGCUAGCCACACAUUCAAGCCUAAGCCUGGAGGUGUGAAGAACCUGGUGCCCUCCACUGUGCUGGUACUGCUAGCCUUAUUGGCAGCUCAGGUGUAUGGGAAGUUUUAGGACCAUAUUCUGAAGCACCUUUGCGUUGCAUCUCCAUUAUUUACAACAGCCUCUCGCUGAAGAUACGCUGUUUUUUUUAAAGGUGUUUACAUAGUUCCAGUGACAUACUAACAAAAUUUUUACAUUAUCAAGAUGGCAGAAAGUGUUGGGAAUCCGGCUAUGCGUUUCUGUGGGUUUUGAAAGAUAGUCGUGGUGAGAGAGCAAGACGUUUCUAGAUACGGGAGUUACGUAUUCUAGUAUGGGGUGCAAGGUGUGAAGGAUGACUUAUUGUGAUCUCAUGUGCGUGAUGUGAUGUAAUGUGCAAUGUAUUAUUAUGCGAUGUGAUGUUGUUCGAAGGUAAAGUCUUUGCUGCAGUACCUCCUGAAGUUAAAUUUUCUUGAGGUAAACAAUAUAACAAUUUUUUUUUUUUUACCUUUCAUCUCUACAUUACGAAUAAUACUUCAGCAUUAUGGGUUAAUGAACAUGUCCUGAAAUAACA